AUGAAGUAUAUUUAUGUAACAAAACCCGUAAUAAAGUGGAAUACAUGUUUAAAUUAUGUUAAACGAAAUCAUUCGACCAAUCUUAAUACAAAGUGGCAAAGCGUAGUUGGUUUAGAAGUGCACGCUCAGUUAAAUACAGAGUCUAAACUAUUUUCUGGUGCUCAAAACACUUUUGGUGGCUUGGUGAAUAACUGUGUAUCAUUAUUCGAUGCGGCUAUACCGGGUACAUUGCCAGUACUAAACAGAAAAUGUGUAGAACUUGGUGUAAUAACAGCCUUAGCACUUUCAUGCAGAGUGAAUGAAGUGUCGUCGUUCGACAGAAAACAUUAUUUUUAUGCAGAUUUGCCUGCUGGGUAUCAAAUAACACAACAGAGAGCUCCUUUAGCUAGUGAUGGAGUUAUACACUUUCAGGUAUUUACUCCGGGUAUCCACAAAAAGCCUUACAAAAAGAGUUCCAAAAUAAAGCAAAUCCAAUUAGAACAAGACAGCGGCAAAUCACUUCAUGACAGUGAGUUGAAGAGAAGUCUAGUUGAUCUGAACAGAGCGGGGGCACCUUUGAUAGAACUUGUAUUUGAACCAGAUUUAGAGGAUGGGGAGGAGGCAGCUGCAUUGGUUAAGGAACUUGUGUUGAUAGUGCAGAGGCUCGGCGCUUGCUCGGGUCGCAUGGAAGAAGGUGCAUUACGAGUGGAUGCUAAUGUCUCACUAAGAAAGUUUGGUGAGCCUCUAUCUACUAGAACUGAAAUUAAAAAUAUCGGGUCAAUUCGUGGUGUUGCUGGUGCUGUCAGACAUGAGAUUGAACGACAGAGAACCAUUCUGGACAAUGGCGGACACAUAAUUAAUGAAACGCGCUCCUGGGAUGCCACCAAUAAAGUCACAAUUGCUAUGCGAGACAAAGAAGUCGUUCAAGAUUACAGGUAUAUGCCAGAACCGAACUUACCACCUCUUCGGGUUAAUUUACAUACAAAAGAAGACACACAAGAUGUAAUCAGCGUUCCCCUUAUUAAGGAUACUAUACCGGAACUUCCAGAAGAUUCUAGAAGGAAACUUAUUGAGGAAUACGACUUAAGAGAAAUAUCAGCCAUACAACUUGUCAAUCAACCAGCUCUGUUGCAUUAUUUCUACCAAUUAGUAUCAGAUGUCGCUAGAAACCCUACUAAAGUAGCCAAUCUUUUACUUAAUGAUCUCUUGACUGUACUUAACAAAAGGAAAGUUGAUGUUGAACAUUGUACAAUAACUGUGGAUCAAAUGAAAGAUUUGACGGACGCUUUAUUAAAUAAAACAAUAAAUUUAGACAUAUAUAGAAAAUUACUUGACGAACUUUUCGACAGACCGAUCGAUUUUUCAGUAUUAGAAAUUAUUAAAGAAAAAGGUUGGACUUUAGAAACUGACGAAACAGUUAUUGAACAGAAAUGCAAAGAAGUUCUCGACAACAAUCCAAAGCUAGUUAAGAAAUACAAAGAGGGAAAAGUAAAAAUGUUGAAUUCGUUAUUAGGGAUUUUAGCUAAAACAACUUCUAAUAAAAUGGAUAUGGCGGUAGCUACUAAGAAAAUGGAGGAAUUGUUAAAAAAAUAAAUAUAUAGUUC